AUGGCCGACGGUUUCGAAAAAGCUCUUGAAGUCCCAGUUGACUUUGUCAAGGACGGUUCCGCCUUUGUUCGUAAAUGUACCAAGCCAUCUCAAAAAGAAUACGUUCAAAUCAUCAAGGCUGUUGGUGCUGGUUUCAUUGCCAUGGGUGUCAUUGGUUACGGUAUUAAGUUGGUUCACAUCCCAAUCCGUUACUUGAUUGUGUAA